AUUUUUUCUUCAUCAAUCCAACGGUCACCUUCUUAGUCUGGAAAAAAAAAUGGUCGCAAAUCUUAUCUUAGAGCUCAUAUCCAUGGUGCAAAGGAACAUGGAUCUGGGCUAAUUUUUAAAGCUCCCAAUAAAAAAUAUAUAUAUAUAUAUCAAAAAAAAAAUAGAGUCUUUGAAAAGAAUAUGAGCAGAGAUUUUAGCAACAAAACAGAGGCGACGAAAUCGAAACCGAAACAGAAACCGAGUCAUCCAAAGAGAUACAUCUUCGGAUCAAUGUCUGUAGCCCACGUGGACGACGAAUAUGACAAUAAUACCCCCGCCGGCGAACCCUACCACGUCGAAAAACUCUUCCCCAACGGCGACAUCUACAUGGGCCAGUGGGCCCACACCCGCCCCCACGGCCACGGCAAGUGCCUAUGGGAGGACGGAUGUAUGUACGUUGGCGACUGGCUUGCCGGAAAAGCCACCGGAAAGGGCAAGUUCAGCUGGCCCUCCGGCGCCACCUACGAGGGCCAGUUCAAUAACAACUACAUGGAAGGCGAGGGCACGUACACCGGGUCCCACAACGACACCUACAUCGGUAAAUGGCGCCGGAACACGCGCCAUGGGAAAGGUGUCAGGACGUACGACAACGGCGACUUCUACGACGGGAGUUGGAAGAUGGGCCGCCCCCACGGCAGGGGGCGGUACCACUGGGCGGCCACCGGGCACCAGUACGACGGGUACUGGCGUCAGGGGGCCAUGAGUGGUGCCGGAACGAUGGCGUGGGCCAACGGGACCCAGUACGAGGGCUCCUGGGCGGACGGGUUCCCCAGAGGUAACGGGACUUUCCGGUGGGGCGACGGGAGUUGCUACGUGGGUGUCUGGAGCGAAGACCCGUCGGAGCAAAGCGGGACCUACUACCCGUCGAGUUCGAACACCGGCGGCGGGUUCGAGUGGGACCCGCAAGAAGUGUAUUUGGUGAACUUGAGUGAUUGUCGGAUAAGCCCCGGCGAGAAGAUUCCAAUUUUUCCGUCGGAGAAAGCGGUGAAUUGGGAUUGCGAAGAGAAGGUUUACGGAGCGAGGAGGGCGACUUUGAGGAGGCUUGGCAAUGGUGGGGCCCACAGCUUUGGUUCGGAAUCGUCGGAUUCGAGCGACGAAGGGGGUGGGAUUAGUACUAGUACCGAAAGAGAAGUGGAAAACGGGGGCGAACAACAAUUGUCGUUGGAUGUUUUACGAGGGUAUAGGCGGCCCCGUUUGAAGAUAAAGCCCGCGAAACGACAAGGACUUACUAUAUCGAGAGGUCAUAAGAAUUACGAACUCAUGCUCAAUUUGCAGCUAGGAAUAAGACAUUCGGUAGGAAGACCCGCUCCGGCUACGUCGCUCGAUUUCAAAGCGGCGGCAUUCGAUCCGAGGGAUAAAGUAUGGACGAAAUUUCCGCCGCUAGGAUCGAAGCAUACGCCACCUCAUCAAUCGUGUGAAUUCAAGUGGAAGGAUUAUUGCCCAUUGGUUUUCAGGACACUUAGGAAGCUGUUUAAGGUGGAUCCCGGAGAUUACAUGAUGUCGAUAUGCGGAAACGAUGCCCUACGCGAGCUCUCGUCGCCCGGAAAAAGCGGAAGCUUCUUCUACUUGACCAACGACGAUAAAUACAUGAUUAAAACAAUGAAGAAAUCCGAAGUCAAACAGGUGCUUAAAAGAAUGCUUCCGGCUUACUAUAACCACGUCCAGGCCUUUGAAAACACGCUCGUAACCAAAUUUUUCGGCCUACAUUGCGUGAAGAUGACCGGUACUGCACAAAAGAAGGUUCGGUUUGUGAUUAUGGGCAAUUUAUUUUGUACGGAAUAUGCCAUCCACAGACGCUUCGAUUUGAAAGGCUCGUCGCACGGUCGAUUAACCGUGAGGCCCGAAUCCGAGAUUGAUUCGGCAACCACACUCAAGGAUCUUGAUUUGAAUUUUAUCUUCCGGUCGCACAAAUCUUGGUUUCAAGAGUUUUGCAGGCAAGUGGAUCGAGACUGUGAAUUUCUCGAGCAAGAGAGGAUUAUGGAUUACAGUCUUUUGGUUGGCAUUCACUUCAGAGAAGUAUCGCGAUCUGGGGAACCACUAAUCGCUGAAACCAGUUUAUCUAGAGGGAACGGAGACCAAACUAGUGAAGGAGUACCUCCUCGACUCUCCACCACAGAUUUGAGUCUUCACUUCGAUAGUAAUCGGUUGGCUUCGAUCAAACUAGGUUCAAACAUGCCCGCACGAGCCGAACUAACCAUGAGAAAGAACGGUGGAGAGGCUCAGCUAAUAGGGGAGCCAACGGGGGAGUACUAUGACGUCAUCCUAGUAUUCGGAAUAAUAGACAUACUACAAGAAUACGACAUCGGAAAGAAGCUCGAACAUACAAUCAAGUCCUUCCAAUACGAUUCGACGUCAAUAUCUUCUGUGGACCCCAGACAGUACUCCAAGCGUUUCCGUGAUUUCGUAUUCAGAAUCUUCAGAGACGACGUUUGAAAAGACCGGUAAAAAAACAUUUCCACUUUUGCCCCUAGCAAGGCCCACAUUGUACAGUUUGGGUUCGGGCCUAGACGACCGUUGCUCAUCGGGCCAUGAAAGAAGGCCUUGUCCGAUGAUGGUGCCUACAUGCUAUAGUUUGUAGAUAGCUUUUUUUUUUCUUUUUUUGUAUUAAUUGUAUUUAUAGAUCAAAAUAGGUUACGAAAACGA